AUGGAGAGCGGCGGCAUCUUCCGCGCCAACGGCCGGCGAGAGCUCACGCACGGGCACGGCCUGACGGCGAGCAAGGAAGCCAGCUCCCCGCGGCCUGACCUCUGGAACGGAGGCCUCGUUUGCGCCUUCGAGUUCGUCCGCGGCAGCAGCGAAGCGAGGCCCGCGGCGUGCAAGCAUCAUCACGGCCACGGUCAUGGGAAGGCGUCGUCGGCGGAGAAGGAGAGCUACUGGGCGCCGAUCGGGUGGCGGAGGAUAGCGGAGCUGGUGGAGACGACGGUGGAUGGGGGCGGCGCUCAGGCGGCGUGGGGGGACGGCCAGGGGCAGGGGCAGAUGAUGAGCCUCAUGGACGGCGCCGGCGGCCAUUGCUGCGACGCUGACAGCAUCACGGUGGCCGACGUCGUGGCGCCCUGCCCGCAGAGGCCGGCGGGCCCUACGUGGUGGUGCCACGUCACGGCGGGCCACCCGGGGGUGGACGCGUGGCUCGCCGAGGCCCGGUGGCUGCACCCGGCCAUCUGCGUCGCGCUCAGGGACGAGACCAUGCUCAUCAGCGAGAAGAUGAAGCAUCUGCUCUACGAGGUCCCGGUUAGAGUUGCAGGAGGCUUGCUCUUCGAGCUGUUGGGUCAGUCUGUCGGGGAUCCAGGCAACGACGAGGACGACAUUCCUAUUGUGCUCCGUGCAUGGCAAGCUCAGAAUUUUCUCAUAACAGCGCUUCAUGUGAAAGGCUCUGCGCCCAACAUUAAUGUUAUUGGGAUUACUGAGGUUCAGGAGCUUCUUUCUGCCUGUGGAAGUACAGCUCCUAAAUGUAUUAAUGAAGUUAUAGCGCAUUUGGCUUCCCGCCUUGCCCGAUGGGACGACAGACUCUGGCGCAAAUACGUGUUUGGUGUGGCCGAUGAAAUUGAACUUAAGUUUGUAAACAGGCGAAACCAAGAAGACCUAAAUCUGCUCUGUAUAAUAUUUAACCAAGACAUUAGAAGAUUAGCCACUCAGGUUAUCAGAGUUAAAUGGUCACUGCAUGCUAGAGAGGAGAUAAUAUUUGAGCUGCUCAAGUAUCUGAGGGGCAGCACCACAAAAUCCUUGCUUGAAGCUAUAAGGAAAGAUACAAGGCAAAUGAUCGAAGAGCAAGAGGCUGUGCGUGGCCGGUUGUUCACCAUCCAGGAUGUGAUGCAGAGCACUGUGCGUGCCUGGUUGCAGGAUAGGAGCCUUCGCAUUACGCAUAACCUGACCAUUUUUGGAGGGUGUGGUCUCAUUUUGUCUAUCAUCACUGGGCUUUUUGGAAUCAACGUCGACGGGAUACCAGGGGCUGAAAACACUCCAUACGCUUUUGCAUUGUUCUCUGGCCUUCUGUUCCUGGUAGGGUUCCUGUUGAUCAUUGCCGGGAUAAUCUAUUUCGGACUGGAGAAACCAAUCAGCGAUGAGCAGGUUGAGGUGAAAAAGUUGGAGCUCCAGGAGAUAGUCUCCAUGUUCCAGCACGAGGCCCAGACACACGCCAAAGUAAGAGAAGGGGUCUUGAGGAGCGACUUGCCCCCCAGAGCCGCUGAUCUCGUCUACGAUAAAGUGCGUAAACUGGGAAGGUAUAUCUCAUUUCACGCUAAUAGGGAGCCAAGCCUUCAAGACGAAGAGAUCAGCUGCUGAUGCGGUAGGCUCGUUGCGGCAAUGCGUGCCCGGCUCUGAAGAAAUUCCAGGGCUUGUUCCGGAUCAGAGACUUUUUUAGGGGACGUUCUGGAACCCUGCAGGAUGAAGAUAUGGCAGUCAUCCUCGCAUCGCUGUAACGUUUUUCGUCAAACAUUUUAUGUGUUGUACCACUAGCGCUUUGGGUUUUACUACUUGGGCAAUCGCUCCAUUCACAUGGCCAAAGCCCAGAUCAAGACGCUGAUGUAAUUUUAGUUUUGCUUGCGUAUCAAUAAGUUUGCAAUCUA